CGGCGGUUCAGCGACGCGGUCAUCGUCGUGUCGCGAGCGUGUCGUUGCGGUUUCUGAAGCUUUGCGACGCGGCCCUGGAGCGGUUGCGCGGCGUAAGCGUACUACCAAGCGUUCGGCGGCUAUCCGAAGCCUCAGGGUCAGCCUACUGAAGGAGUAGAUCGGCUCGGCCAAGCUGCACAACCGCUUCAGCGAUGAUUCACAACGGCGUCGCCUUGCAUGGAGGUCGCGAGCCCCCAGGCGCGACGGCAGCAGACCGCAACCUCACAACCAUCCGGCCAGACGCCGACAACGCAUCAGAGAGACUUGUAUCAAAUGACUUUGAACACACUGAAAAGGACUUCCCCACUAUUGAAUCAUCGAUCGAUGAAGAGAUAGUUCUAAGCGGAACCGCUUCUGAAUCACAACCACGUGAGAAUGCGGACGAAGACUUUCAGUUACGAUUGAUCAAUGCGGUGCGUGAGAAUCCUUGUCUCUAUGAUCCGAUGAACGAGUUCUACCGCGAUAAGCCUGAGAACAACAAGUUCCGCUUGAGAAUAUGGGAUCAGAUUGCUGAAGAUUUGCAUUGGCAAUCGGACUUGAACUCAUUGAUAGAUGAGUGGGAUCGAAUACGCGACCUUUACAUCCAAAGGAAGACUGAACGUGCAGAGAAUGGCGAGCCAUUAUGUCCAGAGGGAGAUAUCCUGUCGGAGUCGAUGCAUUGGAUUGAUGAAUAUGUCUUCGAAGAUGCGCCUCUUUCCACUCAAUCCCAUUUGUCUCUAUCGCCAUCUAAUGCGCAGGAUGUAUAUUUCAAUGAUGUAAAUCAUGAUGUAAUGAUCUCGGGUUAUCAACAGCCUUCACAGCCAACUACCACACAUCAACGUUUAGCGCAAUCUGAAUCGCAAAGCGGAGGCUUUAUCCUGCUUCGACAGUCUAGUCCAAGUGGUGGUCAAACCACUAUAAGAGUGGUUGGGAAUAACAACACAGGAGAUGACACAGCGCCUCGCGCUGCUUCAGCUUCAAAUCCAGCACAAAAGACUACCACAGCUCCCUCAAGUAGCGUACAACGACCUCAGCGCGUACAAAUUACGUCUUCAUCACCUCAAUUCGUACAAAAAGUUCCACAUGAAGGGUUGACAGUGACUGCUAGCGGAAGCGCUGGCAUGGUAGGAAGCGUGAAGAAAGAUACUAUGACAAUGAUAAUUGAUCCCACUACCUAUUACACAAAUGGCGCCCAAAAAAUGUAUAGGCUUGUUAGCGUUGCAGAUGUAGACUCCAAUGGCCCUCCAAGAAAACGUAUGGCGGUGUUGGCCAAAUCUUCUGUGGGCAAUCCUCAGCAUGGUUCAUUAGCAGGAGAUUCGAGUGGUGGCGCUGGCACUCGUGGUCAGCUUGGCGAUGAUAUCAUCAUUGAUGAUGGCAUUGACGAGCGUACCGUCGUCAUAGAACAACACGAUUCUGAUUCACCAUUAUUGGGUGAUUCGCCACUUAGCACGAUGAUGGUCAGCGGUCAUCAAGCUGUACCGCGAGGAAGUCAAUCGCGUCAUAUAGCGCUAUCGAUGGGCGAUCAGCUACGACCACAAACGCGUGUAGUGGCGUCGCCACAGCACCAUUCACCCUCACUUGGUCCAGGAUAUAUGCAGCAAAGUCAGUACGAUGCUGAUCUCCAGUUCCAGCAAUUCAUCAGCCAAAAUUUGAGUCUUCUCAAUGAUGACGAGAAGGCCAUUGCAAAAAUGCAUAUCCAGAAGAUCCUUAUGGAUGCACGAUUUGGACAAGGUACCUGCCUUCGCAUAAUGCAAGAAGAAGAAAUGGCCUCACAAGGUGAUGCUGGAGCACCCUCAAGUGCUAGGGAUAGCGCUCAGUCGCUUGAAAUGUAGCUGUCUGUUUUCGGCAGCAUUAGUGAAUCCCGGUACGCAACAAAGCGCACUGUUUGUAAUUCAGUGGUCUCAUAAUUCAUUCAAUUAUAUAAAUACAAAUGGCUUUAAAGCUAUGUCGUUUUUUCCCCUAACAUGAGCUCAUUGUAAUACCACAUGUGACAGGAUAUCUUUUUGUAACCCAACAAUGCAGAUUGUCUGAUUUCUUUUCCUCGAACUUUUACAUUUUCGGGUACUUUAAUUCUUUAUGGAAAAUAAAGACUUUGUAUACAA